GUUUUAACAACAUAGGCAGAGAGUGAGGGAGACGAUCAAAAUGAAAGAGACAGAGCGAGAUGCUAUGCUGAACAUGGAUCCCAACGACAACGAACAGAAGCUUCUCCUUCCAGCUAGCAGUGUUGGAAACAUGGAGUUGGGGACUGUAGUCUGUACCACGGAUCAACGUUAUGACCAAGAGCCACAGUACACGCAUAUUGACCAGAAUGAAUUCUUACAUAGAAGGCACAAGAAGCAGCAGGAGGAGGAUAUUGUCACAUGUGAAUGCAAGUAUGAGGAAAAGGAUCUUGAAAGUGCAUGUGGAGAAAGGUGCUUAAAUGUAUUGACCAGCACAGAGUGCACUCCUGGAUAUUGCCCGUGCAGUGUUUAUUGUAAGAAUCAGAGAUUUCAAAAAUCUGAAUAUGCCAAGAUAAAGUUAUUUAAAACAGAAGGCCGUGGUUGGGGCAUCCAAGCCAAUCAGAACAUAAAGGCUGGGCAGUUUAUUAUUGAGUAUUGUGGAGAAGUGAUAUCAUGUAAAGAAGCAAAGAAGAGAUCACAUGCUUAUGAGCUUGAAGGUAUCAGGGAUGCAUUUAUUAUUUCUCUCAAUGCUUCGGAGUCUAUUGAUGCCACUGUGAAGGGAAGCCUUGCUAGAUUUAUAAAUCAUUCUUGCCUACCAAAUUGUGAGACAAGAAAGUGGAAUGUGCUUGGGGAAAUUAGGGUUGGAAUAUUUGCAAAACAAGAUAUAUUAGUUGGAACUGAGUUGUCAUAUGACUACAAUUUCGAAUGGUACGGAGGUGCUAAGGUUCGCUGUCUCUGUGGUGCUUCCAGCUGUUCAGGAUUUCUUGGGGCCAAAUCUCGUGGUUUUCAGGGUGAUACUUCUAGUCGAGGUAGCGGGGUAGGGUCAGAUGCUGCGAUGGACUCGAUCACUCAAUCUAGUACUCAUGAGGCUGACACUUCAACUCGAGGUAGUGAGGUUGACUCGGAAUGUGUAAUGGAUUUCACUAGUGAAUUUACUACUUAUGAGAUUUUCAAGAGUAGAGAAUCCCUGAUGUUGUGGGCUCGUGAGGCUGGGAAACGAAACGGGUUUGUCAUUGUGACCGUACGAUCUGAUUUGGGUGGUAAAAGCUUGAAACCUAGAGUUACAUUGGGGUGCGAGCGGGGUGGAAAAUUUAAGGUUCACAAAGAAAGAUAUGAGAAGGGUGAAAAGCAAAGAUGUGGGAGUGGUAGCAAGAAAUGUGGUUGUCCUUUCACAUUAAAGGGUGAGAAGUUAACAAGUGGUGAUGGAUGGAUGCUAAAAGUGGCAUGUGGAGUUCACAAUCAUGCAUUAACUGAGUCUCUUGAAGGGCACUCAUAUGCUGGGAGGUUGUCAGAGGAGGAGACUUCACUCUUGAUUGACUUGUCAAAGAGUUUAGUACGACCCAAAGAAAUCUUGAGCAAACUGAAGCAGAGGGACUCACUCAAUGUUACGACAAUAAGGACUAUCUACAAUGCACGCCAGAGGCAAAGGGUUAAAGAGAAAGCCGGUAGGUCUCAAAUGGAACAACUUUUAUUCAAGUUGAAUGAGCAUAAUUACUUUCAGUGGCACAGGACUUGCCCUAUUUCAGAGAAUGUGCUGGACUUAUUUUGGGCUCAUCCUGUGAGUUUGGAAUUGUUACGUGUAUUUCCUACCAUCUUGAUGCUGGAUUGCACUUUUAAAACCAAUAGGUUUCGGUAUCCUCUCCUAGAGGUUGUCGGUGUGACAUCGACUAAUAUGACAUUCUCAAUUGCAUUUGUACUUUUGGAUUCUGAAAAAGAAGAUAACUAUGUAUGGGCCUUAAAUAGAUUACGUGAUCUGUUGGAUGGGUGUCCUAUGCCCAAUGUUAUAGUCACAGAUAAGGAUUUGGAAUUGAUGAGAGCUGUUGUGACAGUAUUUCCUUCAGCUAGACAUAUGCUGUGUAAAUGGCAUAUCAAUAAGAAUGUGAUGGCCAAAUGCAGGAAUCUGUUUGAGUCCAAGGAAAAGUGGGAUAGGUUUAUUAUGAAGUGGAAUGUGCUUGUGACAUCACCUACGGAAAAAGACUUUGUACAAGAGCUAGCAGUGCUACAGAGUGAAUUUAGUAAUUACACAGAGGUCUUAAACUACGUUACGAACACUUGGUUGAAUCCAUUUAAGGAAAGAUUUGUGGCAGCCUGGACAGACAUGAUCAUGCAUUUUGGUAAUGUGGCAUCAAACAGGGCGGAGAGCGCACAUUCUAAGCUUAAGAGGCAACUUGGUUUGAGUCAGGGGAAUUUUGAGGGUUCUUUUGAGAAGAUACAUGCUCUUCUUGAGUUACAACAUACUGACAUUAAGGCGUCAUUUGAGAAUUCCUUGACAGUUGUCCAACAUAGCUCCUGGCCUUCAGAAUUCAAACAUCUCAGAGGAGUAGUUUCUACUUUUGCAUUGGACAAGGUAUUAUCUCAGUUCAAGCUAGGCACUUCAAUGAACAAUGAUGAUCUUAAUUGUGGUUGUGUCAUACGUUGCACUCAUGGUUUACCUUGUGCCCAUGAACUUGCCAAAUAUACGAGGGAUUGCCGACCAAUUCCUCUUGAGUCUGUUGACCCCCAUUGGAGGAAACUUCAUAUGUCGCCUACUUCGGAUCUUAGUAAUGAGACUAUUGAUGUUGAUGAAUUUCCUGAGUUGGAGUUGCUUCAAUAUUUCUUUAGUAAGGCAAGUGCUGAUAACCGGUUGAUGCUGAGGAAAAGAGUGAGAGAACUUGUACCAUCCCUAACAACUCUUGUUGAGCCAGGGGUCAAGUCCAGGACACGAGGUCAAUUGAAGGAGAGAAUUGAUAUGUCCGGUCCGAUAAAUUCAUCAGCAUGUGAGUUAAUUCAAUCUGCAUCUGUGGACAGUCAUUCACGUAGUGUGACUGGUGAUACAAUGGAUGUUUUGGAAAAAUCAACACAUAAGCAGACAGGGCCAAUGAAGGAGAAGGUUUACCGGACUCUCUCAGCAAAAGUUAGGUCAUAUAUUGAUUCAUUUCCUGUUGGAUUGAUGCCAUACAUAGAACGCGUCAAGGAUGUAUGUGAUGAUGGUAAUUGUGGGUUUAGAGCGGUAGCUGAUUUAGUAGGAUUGGGCGAGAAUGCAUACUUGCAAGUGAGGAAUGACCUACUUACUGAAUUGUCUUCCUAUUCUGCGCAUUAUGGCGAGCUAUAUGGCAGUGCAGAGAGGGUUCGUGAGUUGGCACAAGCACUUUCAUUUUUCAAUGAGGGUAGAGCGCCGUUUGACAGAUGCAUGACAAUGCCUGACAUGGGUCAUCUCAUAGCGUCAUGCUAUAAAAUUGUACUCUUCCACUUAUCAGCUACUCAAUGCCUUACCUUCCUACCCCUUCGAUCAACACCUGUUCCCUUGUCAAUGCGUAGACAUAUUGCUAUUGGUCUUGUCAAUGAUUCCCAUUAUGUUGAGGUCUUCUUAAAGCCAGGACAUCCUGUACCACCCAUUGAGUCUAAUUGGAUCAGAUAUCGUACACAAGCUGCACAGGGGUGGGAUAUAAUAUAUGCUGAUUGCAUCGCACAUUUCCAGUUGCUUGCCCGCUCGGACUAGAUUUGACUCGGGUGUGAGCGGAGCUGGAGAAGUUGCAAAUCAUUUUUUAGGAUGGUAAGGCUCGGUCAUGUCCUUUAUAAUGCACCUGGCAUUGAAAGGGAUAUCGUAAAGUGGACAUCGUUCCCAUUCAGGGUGUAGUCUUGAAAAGCACAAGAACGACACCAAAAACCAAGUCGUUUUCCAUAGAAAAACCUGGAAUCGUUUGUCCAUCAUCACUGAGCUUAUCAGACUAUGAAAUAUGUGCACACUACUUAAUACACUUUUAGGUUGUACUUUGGAGACAAUGCUCUUCAAUUAAUCAGGAGAGUACCCGUGGAGUAGGUACGUAAACCGGAAUGAAGACAGUGUUAGCUACGUAUAAAACAUUUUGGCAUUAUGGGUGAAGCAAGAGUCUUUGACACUUGGAGAUAGGACUAGUCAGCUUGGACUUAUGCCGCUUUAGAACACUGACUGUCUUAAAAGUGAGAAUUGUUGUAAGUGUUUAGGUAUCGAAUAAGAAUCGGUGUGUGUGAAUGAGGAACUGAUCAAGGUUAAGGGAUAUAGUCUUCAAGGCAUUCAAUAAAUUUUUGUCUUUCGGUACAAAAUGUGAAUCAUAAAACGAUGUGUUUGCCUAACAGCUUACCUGUUUGGCUCGCGAGGCAAGAUUAUUAUGCCUUGACCUUUGAAUAUUUUCUCAGUCAUUUUAUGGAACUUCUUAUCUUCCAGUGUCACAUGAUAGAUCUCUGACAAUCCAAACAGCUGGUGAUCAAGUUUGCUGGUGGAUAUUCUUUUUAGUUAAAACAUAUAGAACCAAGUUCAUACACUUUAGCUAUUCUAGAAUACAAAUGAAACUUAAGAAAGUGAUACUACAUUUACAUCUGUCUGCACCUGUGCCUUUUUGUUUGUCUUUCAUCUAAAGCUUUUUAAAUUAUACGUUAGUGGUUCAGUUCCUUCAUCUUUUUUGCUAGUUUAUAUGCAACACCUUGUUCAUGAAAAGUAUUGUCCAUACUGUGAUCUGUUCUAGUUUCUCACUUUCUUGAACAAAAACUUAAAUGACUCAUGAUAUAUUUAGUGGCUCUAAAUCCUUCUAAGUCCAGCUUCUUGAAGAUUAUGAAAGAAAAAGGGUAGUGUUACACAAUCAUAAUCCAUGAUAAAUGUUGAUGGUUAGGUUUUGUAUUCUUUAUUAAUGAUUUGCUGCACAUAUUAGCCCGAAUAAGAACAGUAAACAUUUCCGAAUUAGCAUGCUUGAUUGAUUUAUUAAUGUUUUGUAUUCUUAUUAUAUCUUGUUCCUCUUGAUCUUGCAUUUGCUGUAUAUUCUUGAUUGAUUAGCAUGCUUAUCUGAUCAGGUAGGCUUUCCUUAUCUCAUUGCAUGUACAUUCUUAGCAGUUGGGAUUUGUGACCGUUGUGCAUUUUCUGUUUUCUUCUUCUUAAUAAAACCAUUUGCUUCUAUUGAAAUAUUUUUUUUUCUAUUCUAACCCUCAUAAUGCUAUAUUUUCUUGACAGGAGGAUACGUACUUAUGGGAAGAUGACGAUGAAAGGUAAUGUUCACCAAUUUAGAUGCAUUUAUUUUAAAGAUUUUUCUUUGGUUUUGUGUAUUUUAUUUAUUUGCUACUGUUAUUAUUGUUAUUAUUAUUAUUUUAUCUUUGAGGGAUGUUUUAUAUUAGAAGAAAGUCUUAAAUCUAGAUAUCUGGUGGAUUGCCAUGCACCCACGCCCAUCAUAGAUAUUUGAAUACUGAUCUUAUGUAAAUUCAGUAGAGAGGAAUAUGAAUUUGGAAACUUUAUUGUUAUCAGUAUUAUUAAUAUAAUGCAAGCAAGUCAUGAGUUCACAUUUGCUUACAUUUAUUGUAUUCUUUGUGCGCAAUGAAUUUCUGAACAAUUUUUUUGGAGAUAUCAAUUACAAGCUAAAUCUAAACACGUAAACUUUAGAGAAUAUGUCAACCUAUUUCCCAAGAACUAAAUAUAGUUUUAUGACCAGGGACAAUCUCUAAUGGUAUAGGUUAAUAGAUCAUCUCUCAAAGUUUUUUUUUUUGGGAUGACGUAAGUUGCUUCAGAAACUUGUAUUGGACCAUAUAUUACAAGGCUUUUUUAUAGUAAAAAACAAAAGGCUGAGGUCAGAUGUGGAAGAUGAGGUGGACAAGUCACAUCAUUAGCUUUCUCUUGUUGUGAUGCUGCGCUUAGUGAAUACUGUGGUUAUUAUGCUUCUACCUCAUUGGGUGGUUUGAAUGUAGGCCAUGUCUGUUGUAUUGAAAAUAUCUUUGUUAAUCCAUAAUUAUUUCGGAGACUUGCUUCACUCAGUUGCAUCAACUAGUACCAAUUAAGAGAUUUUGGUAUGUGUAUGUUUGCUUUCUUUUUCUUAUUUUUAUUUAUUUUUGGCUGUAUAUCACUUGUUUUUACUUGACUUGUGAUGACAGGUAUUCAGUGGAGAAAAUUCCGCUCUAUGAUUCAGCAGAGGAUGAGCCUUCUUCUAUGCUCUUCAAAACUGUCAACUCAAAUUCUGAAUUUGAUGUAAAAGGGAUGAUGAUCAAUGUCCAUGCUGAUUCUGAAAAUCAGUUGAU